UCUUUGUAAGUGUCAGGCACCGGCUUCUGGAGGACAGCUCUGUGGUCCACUGAGGUUAUCCACAGCAUCAUCGACCUGACACAACCAUUUUAAAAUUAAGACAUCAACUCGAGACACUGGCUUCGGCAUGUAGAGCGUUUAAUGAUUACAUCUGGGUAAGACAGACCGACUGAGCUGCAACAUGUCUGCGUUGAAACAUCACAUGUCACUUCCUGUGACCGUGGGUGUCAUGUUGGUGGGCCUCCCAUACUCCAUCUCUGUAGCUGCUCAGUGGCUUUAUGGCUGGCCCAACAAGCCUGGAUAUAAGAAGUACAUAGAAGCACUGAGACCAAGGCGAAUAUACUGUUUGACCAGAGCCGUACUGGAAACUCUCAAAUAUCUCCAGUAUGGAAGACUUUACUUUCAGUGGAAGUCUUGGUAUAAGAAUGAUGAAAACCGCAAGCAUUAUGAAAAGGGAAUCACAUUUGGCCGCCGAGGCAACAAGCUGGACUUGUACCACCCUCCGAAUGCAGGCAUGUCUAAAGAUGCACCAGCACCACUGGUGGUUUUUAUCUACGGUGGUGCGUGGGGCUCCGGGGAACGAUCCACUUACUGUUUGCUGGCCAGGAAGAUGGCCGAAGAACUGAGUGCAACGGUCAUUUGUCCUGAUUACUGUACCUAUCCAAAGGGGAACGUUUUAGCGAUGGUCCAAGAUAUUGCUGAUUGCUUGGUGUGGGCCCAAGAGAGUGGACCAAAGUUCAACUUUGACAAAGACAACAUUUUGUUAAUCGGCCAUUCAGCGGGUGCACAUUUGUGUGCUCUGACCACACUGUUCCUCAUUGAUGUAAGAGAUGAGCUUUUCAUAGAGGGCAGGAAGCAGAGGGACGUCACACUGGCUUUGAGAGGAGUUAUUGGUCUGAGUGGUGUGUACAACAUCAUGGACCAUUAUGAGCAUGAGCAGAUGCGAGCAGUCGAAUACGUCUCCACCAUGCACAAAGCUAUGAACGGAGUGGAGAACUUCCCGUACUACUCACCGACACACAUACUGAAGAAUUUCAGCCAGGACAAACUGAGCAGAGUUCCUCCGUUCGCUUUGCUCCACGGGACCAGCGACAUUAUUGUUCCUUUUGAAUCUUCCAUAAAGUUCUCAGAGCUCCUCAUCUCGUUGUCCAUUAAGGCAUCGCUGUACAUGUUACCCAGAGUCGACCACACUGAGAUCGUCACCGACCUCAUGACGUCAGACAGGCGCUUCUACCAUCCCAUUUACAGCUGCAUCAAACAAGAGUACAGAAAACUUAUGGGAACCUGCUGACGUCCCAUCAGAUCAGAAAAAAAACAUCCAUUCAUCUCUAUCUAUUUACUGAUUGUGCCAUACACUUACUUUGUUUACAGUUUCCGCUCUAAUACCUCAAAAUCACUCACAUUUAGCCUUGAGUUUAACUUCAUGCUCUAAGUUCUUAUUCCAUGAUAAUGAUUUAUAUUUUGCACACUUAUGUGAUUGUAUUUUAGUAAAUUCGUGAAAUGCAUCUGAUUAAUUCUUAAUCGAUAAUCCAAAAAAACAACAGCUUUGCUUUUUGGACUCCAAUAUAAAUGACAUCUUUUUUUAUGUGAAGUAAAAUCAGUAAACAUGAAGUGAAAUCAGACUGAAGCAAUAACAGUAUUAUAUAAAACAAGUGAAAAUUAAACAAAAAUUAGCACACUAAUGCAAACUACUGUCCAGGAUUCAUGACAUGAAACUCUUUCUUGAUUUAUUCUAAUUAUUGACCAAUUAAACUCUGCUGAAGGAAUUGAUCAUA